ACACAACACUUCCAUCUCCAUUCAACAACAACAACUCCUCCACCACAUCUUCCUGCUUCUCUAACACCUUCUGCUAUCAAUCGUCAACGAUCCGUUGACUGCAAAACAGUUCCCACAUAACCACCAAACACGUUCUAGCGUCGACAUGGCUCCAGCUGACAGUGCUUCGCCAGCCACGGCCAAGCCUAUCAUGAGUAACGACGCGUUCCUAGCAUCCUGCAUCAAAUAUGCCAAAGACAAACUGGCCGUCGAUUUCGAGAAAGUCGCUGAGGACACUGGCAUGAGCAAAGGCGGUGCUGCCAACAAAUUCCGUGCGAUGAUGCAGAAAUUCGAAGCCGACGGCGCUGCAUGGGUACAGAAAGAUGCUACUGGUGACCCUGUCACUCCGAAGAAGGCUACCACUCCGCGCAAGCGUAAGACACCAGUCAAAAACGGAGCUGCCGAAGACGAUACCACUGCUGCCGGUGAUGAUGCCACUAAGCAUGAUGAUGACGACGUCGCUGCUGAGGAGCCGCCACCGAAGAAGAAGCGUGCCCCACGCAAGCCAAAGGCUAAGCCUGCUGCGGAAGAUGACGAUGCUGAAGCAGCAGAGAAGGACACUGCCAAAGACACCCAGACUCCUGCCGGUGAUGACGCUGCCAAUGGUGACGAUGCCGAGGCUGCUACUGGGGAAGAAUCACCAAAGAAGAAACGUGCGCCACGCAAGCCCAAGGCUAAGCCUGCUGCGAACGGUGAUGACGCUGAAGCCGGAGAGAAGGACACUGUCGAGGACGGUGCCACUGAGGAAACCCCAAAGAAGAAACGCGCCCCACGCAAGCCAAAGGCUAAGCCUGCUCCAGCUGGUGACCAGGACGAAGGAGAUGACAAGGCCAAGGUUGCUGCCGCUGACAAGAAACCUACUAAGGGCAAGGCUGGCAAGGCUAAAGCUACUACCAAUGGUGCUGCAGUCGAUGAAGGUGGCAAGAAGGCAACUGCGGAAGGCAAGGAUGGCUCUGAAGAAGAGGAAGAGAAGUCCGAUGCAGCGGCUGAUGGUGAGAAAGAAGGUUCUCAGAAGGAGGCCGAUGUCGAAGAAGCUGCCGCUGGUGAUACUGAUAUCGUGGAAACAGAGGCCGGCGAUGCCGAUGCUGAUGCUGGCGAAGAGGACAAGGAAGACUGACUCGGCAGGCACAGCUGCUGUCUUGCGCCCUUCCACUGUCUCUUGGUGUUCUUUCAGUAUCGGUGAUCAGGACUCAUGAUUGGACACGGCUACGAGUUGGAUCUUGUCGAUGGUGGACAGUCGAUCUCGUUCGGGUGAAGAGUUUUCACAGGGCUUUUCUUUUCAACAGAGGCUGCGAUGGCGAACAGUGACACAACAGCGCCCCAACAAUAGCAAGCACAAUUCUCCCUUGCAGCGAUCUUGCAAAUGCAAAUUGAACUUGUUUCUCCUCACAUUCGUCUUCAGUUUUAGAGUUGUUCCUGCCUAUUACCGCCGAAGUGACGCUGACAAAGUGAGUUCAAGAUCAAGACUUCUCACCUCAGAAACUCGUCCGAUGCCUU